ACAUUCCUCUUCUCCAAUCCAACAUUCCAACUAUGGGGUUCAUCACCCCAAGAACAUCAUCUCCUUACACCAUAACUCUCCUCCUCAUCCCCCCAGCUUUGCUUGCCCUGACUUAUCUCAUCCCCCUCCCCGACUUCUUCGCCCCCUGCGCCGCUCCGCUGCUGUUGUCGUCGUCGUCGUCGACCCCGUCCCCUCCCCCCGACCCCGAAUUCCGCCUCCUCAUCGGCAUCCUCACCCUCCCCAACCGCUACGCCCGCCGCCACCUCCUCCGCCACGUCUACUCCCUCCAGCAACCGACGAGCCCCUCCUCCGUCGCCCGCGUCGACGUCCGCUUCGUCUUCUGCAACGUCACCGACGAGGUCGACGCCACGCUCGUCGCCCUCGAGGCCGCGCGCUACGGCGACGUCGUCGUCCUCGGCUGCGACGAGAGCAUGAACACCGGAAAGACGUACACGUUCUUCGCGAGCCUCCCCGACAUGCUCGACGGCGACGGCGGCGACGGCAGCACGACGAGUCGGCGGGCGCCGUAUGAUUACGUGAUGAAGACGGACGACGACACGUACUUCCGUCUGGACCGAUUGGUGACGUCACUGCGCGGCCAGCCGACGGAGGACUUCUACUACGGCGCCGGCCUCCCCUUCGCCGACCCCAAAUUCCCCCCCUUCAUGCUCGGCAUGGGGUAUAUAUUAUCGUGGGAUUUGGUGGAAUGGAUUGCCACGUCGGAUAUUCCACGUAAGAACGCGGUGGGGCCCGAGGACAUGUUAACGGGGAAAUGGUUAAAUACGGGGAAUAAGGCGAGGAAUAGGUAUAAUACGGUCCCGUAUAUGUACGAUUACAAGGGCCCUACUUCGGGGGACUUUUUGGUGGACACCAUAGCGGUGCACCAGCUCAAGGAGAAUUCGAGGUGGGCCCACACGUUGAAGCACUUUAACGUUACCAAGGGAUUAGAAAAACCCUCUAAAUUUUACCAUUUUUCUUAAUUUUUUUUUUCCCUUUUUGUGGGGGUUUUAUUUUUUGUGUUUUGGGGGGGAAUUGGUUUAAUUGUAAUAGAUUUUUUUUUUUUACAUAUAAUUUACGUGAUUUAAUUUGUUAGAAGAGGAACAAAAGUUUACAAAUUUC